CCAGUCCUUGUAAUUUUACCAAAAGAAGUUAUGGCCUUGAAAGAGAACCAAACAGGGCCUUAGGUUUUUUAAUUCACCAAAUUGAAAGGUAAUUUGGUGUCCGGCGAUACAAUAUAAACUGUGUGGGAGUGUCUUUUUAGCUUCGUCUCUCACGCCCUUCCGUACUGAAAAACCUCCUUCUCCGUAGUCUCUCCGCCGUUUGCCCGUCGCUCGAUCGCCGCCGUUAGAUAUGAAUGUGAAUUCUGCAGAAGAUGAAGGAUGGGAAGAAAAAAAAUCAAAAAACAAGAGUAGGAGCAAUCCUUUAAAACAAUGGGGUCCUCAAAAUUCCAACCCUAAGGGAUGGGGUCACAGUGGAUUAGGAAGGGGCUCCGGCCAGACUGGUCCCACACUAUCUUCUGAUAUUCGAAAACAUGCCGGCAGAGGGUAUACUAAACCCCAACUAACUAACCGAAGUCCUGACUGUGGUUAUGUUGCUGCAAAUCCAGUAAUUGCCCCUCCUCUAAAGAAUGGAUGGGGAUGGUCUACUAGGACCGGUUCGAGUCAGUCUUCAGAGGAUAGCAUGGCCCAUAAAGAGAAAGCCCAAACAGUUCACCCCGCGGAUGAUCAGACGUCUAAAGCCGGUGAAGUUGAUGAAGAGUCAGAUGACAUUGAUGACAGUGAUGACAGUGAUGAUGAGCUUAUGAGUGAUGAAUUUGAUUCCGAUGAGAGCCAAAAAAGCCAUGAGACCAGGAAGAAAAACAGAUGGUUUAAGGAACUUUUUAAAUCUCUUGAUCUUUUAACUGUCGAGCAGAUAAAUGAGCCUGAACGACAGUGGCAUUGCCCUGCUUGUAAGGGAGGUCCCGGAGCUAUUGACUGGUAUCGUGGCUUGCAGCCACUUAUAUCACACGCCAGGACUAAACGAUCCAAGAGGGUGAAGCUUCACAGAGAGCUUGCUGAACUUUUAGAUGAGGAAUUACAAAGGAGGGGAACCUCAGCACAGCCAUCUGGUGAAAUGUUUGGGAAGUGGAAAGGCCUUGAGGAAAGAGCUGAUAGAGAUAUAGUUUGGCCACCCAUGGUCAUAAUCAUGAAUACCAGGCACGAGAAAGACGAUAAUGAGAAAUGGAUCGGCAUGGGAAAUCAAGAGCUUCUUGACUAUUUCAAUCCAUAUCAGGCUGUGAAGGCCAGGCACUCGUAUGGACCUCAAGGACAUCGAGGCAUGAGUGUGUUGAUUUUUGAGGCUUCACCAGUAGGAUAUGCAGAAGCGGAACGUCUGAGCAAGCAUUUUGAAGACACUUGUAGGGAUAGGCUUGCUUGGGCAAGAAACAAGGCGCCUAUAUACUCUGGGGGAAAACGCCAACUGUAUGGAUACAUUGCAGAGAAGCAAGACAUGGACAACUUUAACCAGCAUUCUCCAGGUAAAUCCAAACUGAAGUAUGAGAUGCGGUCGUAUAAAGAAAUGGUUGUCAAUCAAAUGAAACAGAUGAGUGAGGACAAUCAACAGCUGUUAUUUUUUAAGAACAAAGUUGCCAAAGAACAGAAAAGCAAGAAAGCUCUCGAAGAGUCUCUUGGCAUACUAACUGAACAGAUGAGGAAGACGGUGGUCGAGAAUCACCAUGUCAUUCUGACUACAAAAAAGCUCCAUCAACAAAACAAAGCAGAGAUGGAAUACCAAGCAGGGUUUUUCGGCGACCAGAUGCAGCAGAUGUAUGAAGUUAGAAAUGCGAAGGAGGAGAACUUUGAGAGAAUCCAGCAACAUGAGCGUGAAAAAGUAACUAACCUCGAGGCAAAUGUGUCCUCUGGGGAGGAACGUGUACGCAGGGCGGAAGAAAUUGCCAAAUUAAUUCAGCUGCAGGACAAAGAAAUGGAAGAAUUUGGGAAUAAGAGGGAAAAGCUGAUGAAGGCACAUGAAGAACGAAAGGUGGAGCUGAAGCGCCGUCAUUGUGAUGAGAUGUUGGCUCUUGAGAAAGAAUUUGAUGACGAAUUUAACAAGCUGAUGGAUGAGUACACUCCAUCCACUUCCAAGUAGUAGGAUGCCCAGACUAGGAACUAACACCGCCUUGGAGUAAAAAGAAAAAAAUAUUGAUCAAAUUUUCAUUUUUUGUUUGCUUUGCAUGUGCAUUUAGAAAACACAAAUAUAAUUUCAAACUAUCCCGUGCAUCGCAAAUUCGAAUUUGAAUUUGAAUUUUGAAUAUUUUCUUUUAUCUGAAGUUGCUGCUAGAAGAGUCCCCUUGGUUUGAUUUGAA